GUCAGAUGACCUUUGGCACAGUUUGGUCUCUGCAGCGCAGCAGGAGCAGCCAGAAGGGUCCAAGAUGAACAGAGCCUUUAAUAAAACAAGUCUGAAACAUUUGACUGGCCUCCUCCAAAGGUUUCAAAGCACCUUGGUGGUUGCAGAGCACAACAAUGACAAGCUGACCCCUAUUACGCUCAAUGCUAUCACUGCUGCAAGUAAACUGGGUGGAGAGGUGUCUUGUCUGGUUGCUGGAACAAACUGUGCAAAGGUUGUGGAGGAAAUCAGCAAAGUACAGGGUGUAAAGAAGGUUCUGGUGGCCCAACAUGAUUCUUACAAAGGUGCCAUGCCAGAGGAGUUGACUCCACUUAUAUUGGCAACGCAAAAGCAGUUCAGCUUCACCCACAUCUGUGCUGGUGCAUCUGCCUUCGGAAAGAACCUGCUUCCCAGAGUGGCUGCCAAGUUGGAUGUGGCCCCAGUUUCAGAUAUUAUUGAGAUCAAGUCUCCAGACACUUUUGUCAGGACCAUUUAUGCAGGAAAUGCUCUCAGCACUGUGAAAUGUAAUGAGCCGAUCAAGAUCUUCACCGUCAGAGGGACGUCCUUUGAGGCAGCUUCAACAGAGGGAGGAAGUGCCUCAUCAGAGGAUGUUGCUUCUUCUUCACCCACUGGAGUUUCUGAGUGGCUGGAGCAGAGUCUGACAAAGAGCGACCGUCCAGAACUGACAGGCGCUAAGGUCGUGGUGUCAGGAGGAAGGGGCUUGAAGAGUGGGGACAACUUCAAGCUGCUUUAUGACCUUGCUGACAAACUGAAUGCUGCAGUUGGUGCAUCCAGAGCCGCAGUGGAUGCUGGGUAUGUCCCGAACGAUAUGCAGGUUGGACAGACUGGCAAGAUUGUAGCACCGGAGUUGUACAUUGCUGUUGGUAUCUCUGGAGCUAUUCAACAUCUGGCUGGAAUGAAAGAUAGCAAGACUAUUGUUGCCAUCAACAAAGACCCAGAGGCUCCCAUUUUCCAGGUGGCUGACUAUGGCUUGGUAGCUGAUCUUUUCAAGGCUGUUCCUGAGAUGACUGACGCACUGGGAAAGUGAGGAGAAACUAAGUCCCACCAAACGUCCACUGCAUAGCUACGAGAGUGUGCACAGGAUCCCACAGCAUCUGCCUUAACACAUUUCUGUAGCUGUGAGUGUCUGUGUGCAGAAAUAAUCUCAUCAUCAACAGCUCUGUCUUGCAUCAGAAGAACACUCUACUCUCAAUCUGGAAAUUAAUGCCAUUUGUUUUUAUAUAUACACAGUACACGCAUUAAAUAUCAGUGAAUAAGCUUGUACCUACCUUUAGGCAAGAGGUUAUUUCACAGCUCCAGUAGUAUGUGUUGUAAUUUGUAUUUCAUUUUGGGGUACGGUAAGGGACAUCUUUGGGAAUGCUUACCUUUGGACUUCCGACUUUUGUAGUUGGCUGUAAGAUGCAGCUUUUCACGCCAACCCAGAGGAUGUGUUAUUAGUGAGAUGCUCUUGGAAAAUUAUGUAUUAAAUUGACAACUAAUGACUAA